AUGAGGAACCAAGCAACCACGCCGGAUCGGAGCAACUUCCUCAGACAAGAUGGCGGACUGUGCUUUGAGAUUCCACCGUGGCAACAUCAGCCUGUGGAGUUGGAGAAACAUAUCCUGAGGGUGCAGACUAUGUGGGGUGCCAGUAAUUACACCAGCAGGAGGGAAAUUGCGACCCACUUCGCAAAUGGGGAAUUAUCACGUUACAUGGACACUGUCAUCGGCCCGUUCCUGGACACGUAUCACAGGAACAUCCAAAAUUCAUACCAGCAGUUCACCACCAAAAUCCUGAGGAGGAUCAAAGAAGAAGUCAACCAGGCUGUCAAGAGGAAACAGCAGAUUUACAAGGAACUUAUUCAAUUAGCUGAUGACUUGCAGAUUCCAGAACUCUGCGCAGAAGAACGCAGGGCCACGCGUACGACAGCCAGCAAUUUCGUGUCACAAAUAUUCGCGUGUACUGAAGACGCAAGAGCUGCUAUAGCAAAGAUGGGCAAAUAUGCUGAGGAGAUGAUCUCCAUCACGAGAACGCACAUGCAAACUACCAUGAACACCAUCGCCAGGUAUAUAGGCUUAUGUAAGAUUUAUUUCUGCUCUUUUAGGAUGGAGGUGGAAAAAUGCCUGGAAAGUAUGUCUAUCGAUGCAGUAACCUUGGGAUAUGAGUUGGAUCUGAGUUUGACCAACGCUAGGCGUCAUAACGAGCAGUCUUGUGAGAGACUCUCCAACUGCGCACUAAAGGCGCGCAAACGCAGUGAUGAGUCAGUAGCUGAGCUCAGAGAUCUCCUUUACCAAUGUGUUUACACUUAG